AUGCCCAAAGGCAGCAAAUCGAAAAGGGGUGUCGACAACACAUCAUCCGAUGCAAGGAGCAACAGCUCCGAUUCAAUUUCGUUUAAUAAAAGGAAAAGUGUGUCCAUUAAGCACCAAUUAAUUGCGUUAAACAAAACAUUGUCGUCGCAUCGUCUUGAUGAACUUGAUGAAGCUGAACUUUCUGUCCACAUGGAGUACGUCGAAAGCAUUCACGACAACUUUGACCACGUGCAUUCUAUUCUCGAAGAAGCUGAUCCACGCGAACUAGAUGGAGUAGGCCGAGCAGAAUUUUUCGACGUGUACCUAGAAGUCAAAGCAAAGCUGUCGCGUCAGCUCAAUUCGCAUCGGAAGACAAACGUAAGGCAUUCAUCGACUGCUAGGCAUUUCGCAUUGGAAGAAUCGCCGCCAACGUUAUUCUCAUCGCAAAGAAAGUCUCGCCUUCCUGAGCUGAAAAUACCGAAAUUUAGUGGAGCGUACAUUGACUGGCCUAAUUUGUUUGCCAUGUUCAGUAGCGUUAUUGACAAGGACCUCGAGUUAAGCAAAGUGGAGAAACUCCAACAUUUACGCGCUAGUCUACAAGGAGCCGCUUUGGAAACAAUUUGCUCACUAGAACCGGUUGAGGAGAAUUAUGACAAGGCCAUUGCCCUAUUAAAAAAUCGAUUUGAUAAUAAAUUGCUUAUUUUUCAGGCUCACAUUAGGGCGAUUAUCGAGUUGAAGAGUGUUGAUAAGGGUUCAGCCAAUCGUUUGCGCGAAUUGUGCGACAAUUUUAAUUCCCAUCUUCGUGCACUUAACACCAUGGCAACACCAGAACAAAUAUCGGAUGGUUUGCUCAUACAUCUUGUUACUAGAAAGUUCGAUCAGAAGACGCAGGGGAAGUGGGAGGAGGACUUGCCCACGCAGACAUUGCCAACUUUGAAUUCAAUGACCUCAUUUCUGGAGAAGCGGUGCCGAAUUAUGGAAAAUUUGGAAGGUGUUACGCAAACACUCAGCAAUCAGAUUGGUAAACAUUCGAAUGCAAAUAAAGGUAUUAGAAACGCUUUGGUAGCAUCCUCAAGUAGCUCUAGCUUUUGCAUAUUUUGCGAUUCGAAAGAACAUUACAUAAAUAGCUGUUUAAAAUUUUUAAAUUUGCCGCCGAAUUUGCGCUACAAAGAAGCGAAGCGAUUGCAACUUUGCUUAAAUUGCCUACGCAAGGGUCAUAGUUUACAACGGUGUAAGUCUGGGCAUUGUCGUCAUUGCCCAGGCAAACACAAUUCGCUUCUCCAUAUGAACCCGCAUACCUCGUCUAUAUCCCCGUCUUCAAGCCUACCAACAAUUGAAGCUACAGCUUCACAGCAAACACUCAUUUCAUCGUUAACUUCAAGUACAGUCGUUCAAGCCCCAAAAUCGGGCGCCAAUAGUAAUGUGUUGCUUGCUACAGCUAUACUUUCAGUCAAAAAUCGUUCAGGUGACUUCGUUCCAUGUCGUGCUAUUCUCGACUCGGCCUCUCAAAUAAAUUUUGUAACCGCUCGCUUGGCAAAUAUGCUGCAACUUCCAUUCAAACAAUCUGCAAUUUUGAUUUCCGGUAUCGGCGAAUCAAACUUUGUUGCCGACAAAGAGAUUGACGUUUUCGCACAGUCGCAAGAUAAAGGCUACAACACUUCGUUCACUGCUGUGGUCACACCUAGUAUUACAGAUUAUCGACCUAACUUCAGCCUUUCUUCGGAAUGGAUAAUACCGUCAAACAUUAAUCUAGCAGAUCCAUUAUUCUUUAAACCCCAGCGCAUUGACUUGCUCAUCGGCGCGGCUUUGUUUUUUGAUUUGAUGUGCGUUGGCCAAAUACGCAUUGCUAGUAAUUUGCCAUUACUGCAAAAAACUCGACUGGGCUGGGUUGUCGCUGGUGGUGUUUCAUAUACCAACAAACAAUCAUCCUCGCUCGCUGCCUGCAGCAAAAACGUAUUUGAACAUCAACAUAAUAACUCAUUGAACGAUAUCGUAAAACGAUUCUGGGAAAUAGAGAAUUGCGUCGACUCUGCUCCCCCUCCAUCUAAAGAAGAUGACUGGUGCGAGCAGCAUUUCAAGAAAUAUUUCUCUCGGCUUACUUCGGGAGAGUAUUCAGUGCGUUUGCCAACAAAAACAGGCUUUAGCGAUCUUGGCGACUCAUACAAUCGUGCUCUUCGCAGAUUUAAAAGCUUAGAGCGAAAAUUGGAAAAUGAUCAUAACUUAAGAACUCAAUAUAUUCAUUUUAUGAGUGAGUACAUAUCGCUGAACCACAUGUCACUGGCAACACCUGGGGCAACAACAAAAACAUUUUUUCUACCGCACCAUUGCGUGCAAAAGUUUGACAGUACAACGACAAAACUUCGCGUCGUAUUCGAUGGCUCCGCAAAAACAACAACAGGCUACUCAUUGAAUGACCUUUUGCUAGCGGGUCCAACUAUUCAAGCAAAGCUGUUCAAAACUCUCUUACAAUUUCGUUUUCGUAAAUUCGCUCUGUGCGGAGAUAUAUGCAAAAUGCACCGAUGCGUACGCAUGACAUCUCCAGACGAAUAUCUGCAAUGUAUUUUAUGGCGCGAGAACCCACUCGAUGAGGUAAAGGUAUACAAGUUAGACACUGUAACAUACGGAACAAAAUCUGCCGCCUUUCUUGCAAUACGAGCUAUGCAUCAACUUUCGUACGAUGAAGAAGGGUCAUUUCCAAUAGGUGCAAAAAUCGUGAGGAGAGACUUUUAUGUUGACGAUCUCAUUUCAGGCGGAGAUACUAUAGAAGAAGUGGUUGAGAUCAGACGUCAGGUUAAAGGUUUACUUCAGCGUGGAGGAUUCAACAUUCGUAAGUGGUGCUCAAACGAGGAUGGCGCGCUGCAAGGUGUUCUUGAUUCAGAUUGCGAGAAUCUUCUUAAAUUCCACGAUGGAAGUGAUGUUGCAAAGACUCUUGGCCUCAUCUGGGGCCCUAAAACUGAUAACUUCUUAUUCUCAUUUUCGCCUAUUGAUAAUAACGCACGCACGACAAAACGCACGACACUUUCAUAUAUUGCUAAAAUUUAUGAUCCGCUUGGCUUGGUUUCGCCAGUCAUUACGAAAGCAAAAAUUUUCCUGCAAAUCCUUUGGAAGGAAAAACUGCAGUGGGACGAAAGCUUGCCUCAGUUGCUGCAAACUACCUGGAACGACAUUUGUGUACAGCUUGGUCUACUCAUAAACAAAACGCCUUCAACGCCUGUGCCUCUUGCCGCUUGCGUGCCCCUUAAUCCACCGCCAGCCUCAUUCAAUGCGGCCGAUAUGGUUGUCGAACGCGCCCAUGUGUCAUAUUUCAAUACGUUAUUAAAAAUUCCAAUGAGCCAAAAACAACACACGCAGACGAAGCUGAAACUGGAACGUAGUAUCGGGCAUUCGAGCAACAGUGAAUGA